AUGGAUCCUGCCUCCAUAGCCGCAUCGGCCUACGCUCUCGCCGGAGGUAUUGCAACAUGCUCCACUGCUGUCACCCACUUCGUCCGUCAGGUGAAGCAUGCGCGGAAAGACCUCGACGCGAUCAACACUGAGCUUAGUGCCACCUCUGAGAUUCUCAACCCGCUCGUGGUUAGUCUGAUAGGCAACCAGGGUAGUCCAUUACCUGAAGCUAUUCUGCUCACUAUCGAUACAUCCGUACGCCAGUGUAUGUCGAUCGUGGACCGCCUGAAGGCAGACAUGGACCACUACAAGCGUGAUGCGGUUUGGAACAAGACAAAGUGGGUUUUGUUUGGCGAGAAGAAUGCCCAGAAGGCCCGUGAGAACUUGGAAAUGCACAAGGUGUCUCUUGGCUUGGCCCUUCAAGUUUUGUCCCUAUCGAACACACGCCUGAUCAAACAGGAUACGGAGUUGAUCAAAGGAAGCGUGGAGAAGAUUCACAAAAACAUCCAUCGCAUCAAGGCUCAGUUCCUCAAUAUACGCAGGAAACAGAUACCACGCCAACUGCAAACCGCAACAGAAGUUCAGAGAUGGAUGGAAGACAUGUCAUUACUCAGUUCAUAUGCCGAGUCUUCUUAUCAGGCUACGGUACUCGAUCGACGUCCAACAUCAAGCACUAUUCGCCAGGGUGGAACUACAGAGACAGCGUCGGCAAUAACUGAGCUAUCAGCGGAAGGAGUUGCAUUACCGGCAGUACCUCAACCUGGAGUCGGAAGACCGAUUCCGCCACCUGUCGAACCUCACUCUCUCGCCACUAUCCAUGAGAAUGAGAGCAGCGUACUACCUCUUGAUAUGGAGGCACAACCACGUGUUGGGCCCGAAACAUCCACUCCGGUGCGUGUGGAAUACCGCCCUUCGAGUCAAGCUCAUGAGAGACGCAGCCUAUUAUAUUGCCCUCCCAGCCUUAUACCCGACCUACGCAUCGCAAUACCUGGCUCCUCUAGCAAUACUGAUGGGACAAACACUGUUCUCAGACCUAUUAUUGACGUGGAGAGUAGACGGUCAUCAUACGAUGCUGAGCUGCAACCUGCACCAAGACCUGAAAAAGCUAGCUUCACGCUUGUGGAAUCUUACUCCCCUAAUGUUCUCCGAAAAAGAGACAACAAAGUUCUGUUGCAAGAACUCGAGGCACCAAAUCCACGCAUCGAACUAAACGCACCAAUUUCGCUCAUCGAACUCGAUGCACAAAAUACACGCAUCCAACAAGACCAUGUGCCCGAACAAAAGUGGUUGGCCCCACACGGCGGACCUGAAGCGUGGAAAUCAGUCCGGUGUACACACUCAUCAGACGAGUCCUCGCCGUCAAACAGCACCCGAAACGCUUCGGAAACGACCAGUAGUAGCCCGGACGAGUUCUAUAGCUCAUUCGAGGUGGCUUCUCCCUAUUCUACCUCAUCCAACCUACCUGGACGGUGGAGGGCCGCUCGCCGCGUACAUUUCAAUGAGCAUGUACAGAUUUUACCGCCAAACAACAACCUGACCAGCGACACACAGCCAAAUCCAAAUGACGGAGCCGAGCUUUAUGGCUCGCUAGAGAUAACAUGCACUUACCCUACAGCGAGGACCGGGCCAUCCGAAGAAGACCCAAUUUCCCAGACUCGCUGUAUCCAUGCUCCCGGAACCCCGGAAUCACCUGUCGAGCUUUCUUCCGACUCAUCGCCCAUUCUAGGGCAAGGAGAACUUGAUAUUUUCACCAAGGAGAUCUUUACCAGCGAAGAUGACAUCAUGAUAAAACGGUUGGUACGACGUGAUGAAAGGGUCACUGGUCUCUCAAGAUCACGCCGUCGAGAGCUGUCACAUGAGGAACGGAAGUUAGUCGACGGCAUGCUCCUGGAGAAUCUGGCAGUUCCGGAUAACGACAAAUUCGAUGUCUGCAAGCAUCUGAUCUCUUCCGGAGCAGAUCCUAACAUUCCUCAAAUUGGCACAGAAGACAAAGCUGAGGCCGGAGCCCUCAUGCUGGCUGUAAAGCACCGUAAACAUCGUUGCUUGUCAGCUCUCCUCCGAUGGGGGGCACGCCCCAAGACGGAAGUGUUACAGUAUGCCGUCAACAUACACAACAAUUUUGCGGUUAGGGCGCUCAUCGCAGCGGGAGCAAGUGUGAAUUCGGGUUUGGAAAAUGAGGAGUAUAGUUCUUACAAACUCAUUCGACGCACAAGACCUGUCUACAUGCGGCACCUGAGCACCAAGCGAAAUGGCGAGGUUGUCAAGUGUCAUCGGUACACACUACUUCUAGGCUUAAUAACCGGGGCACUCAGUGUUCCCAGUCAGAAUGCUCUUUUGAGCCAACUCUCUUGCAUCCAAUUUGUGCUGUCCGAAGGUGCUGAUCCAAACUGGACUGGCUCGGAGAGCUAUCCCUACGUCUCAGAAGACGCCACGAAGAACAUGGGCUUAUCGCCUCUACACGUUGCCGUUCUUGUAUGGGCAAAAUUCGGAGACAUCGCAACUCUCGCCAUUGCCAAAACACUAUUGGCAUUCGGUGCAAAGCCAGACAUCUUCCUAGAGCUAGGCAAGUGGCCUUGUUUUGAUUGCUUCGGGUCAUCACCUAUACGAAUGGCCAUUAAAACUGGUAACCAGAUGCUGUUUGAGCUGUUGCUUGAUCACGGAGCAGCCGACGACAACUACAUGGGCAUAAGUACGUUCCAAUACGCAGUGCGCACCAACAGGGAAUCAAUGGUACGGACUCUGUUGAGACAUCGCGAUGUUGUGCGUUGCAAUUACCAACAGGAUCUCGUAACCAUUAAUUGCCACGGUGCAAAAGUGGCAGAGUCUACCAUCUGCUAUUACCAGGACAUUCUUUCCAGUCUCGGGUCGUAUCCUCCCAUCACCGGCGGAGAAGACUUCCCCACUACUAUCUGGGGUGGGAGAUGUGGUGCACAUCCUGAAUUGGAAGAGAGUCCAUGUGAGCUGUCCAGUACGAGCUCAAGCAGUACUGGCGAAGACCUAGACGGCUCCGAUUCUCCGACCGGGACAAGUCCAGAUUAUGUCACCUACGAUUCCAUGUCGUCAGAGUUUCCUGUGGCCAUGUCCGAAGCAUGGCUGAAAUGGGCUUUUGGGGAUGUCAUCCAGUCAGGGCAAGACUCUGCACAUUGA